AGUCUGAGCUUCUUCCUGGCCUGCAGCCCUGGACACUUUAUUCUCCCAGGUACAAGGGUGAAGGGCGGCGGGCGGCGGGGUGGCGGGGCAGCAGGGAGCCGGCAGGCUGACCACCUCUGCCUGACCCAGGUUCCCAGAGGUCGGGUUAGUCGCCUGCCCACGACCUUCGUCGGCAAGCGCUUCCAGCUCUGGGCCCUUGGAUUCUUCUGCACAGAGCGGCACCUGGCAAAGCGUCUCAAGAACAAUAGCUUCUACCCCUUCACACAGCAGCAGCCGGGAGUGUUUGUGCUCGAGUACUACCUGGACACCAUCUGGAAGGGGGCGCUGCUUUUCCUCGUCUGCCUCGCUAUAGUCUCCUGCGACUUCUUGAGACAGGUGCAGAAGCAGGAGACCUGGUGCUUCCCGGCCUACGGCAUGGGUGUGGGCCUGUGGCUCCUGGUCUCCUCCCUGCCUCGGCGUCGCUUGGUGCUGAACCAUACCCGUGGCAUGUACCACUUCUCCAUCCAGGGCCGCACCAUUUGUCAGGGGCCCAUGCACCUGGUCUACAUGCGCAUGGCGCUUAGCUCCGAUGCUUAUGGAAGGUGCUUCUUCCAGCUGGUCCUGUGCGGCCACAAGCUGGAGCCUCUGGUGCUGGUGCAGCUGUCUGAGCACUACGAGCAAUUGGAGUACCUGGGCCGUCAUAUGGCCCAGAAACUCAACAUUAACUACUUCGACUACCUGGUGACGUCCUACCGGCACGUAGUCCGUCACUGGCCGCUGGGGGCCGGCUUUAGCCCGGGCAUUGUGCAGCGCAAGACACGCAUCUACGAAAAGCCAAGCACCUCAGAGCUGGAAGUGUGACCCUUGCACCUGAGCCUGCCUUUCCCCUCCCCCUGCCCUUCCCCUCCACCCAGCCUGUGCGCUCUUCUACCCCCCAUCUGGGGGCUGCCUGCCGGCAAAUCCCACCCACGGUCUUCCUCUCACUAAAGUUGCUUCUGGCAUCUAGCCAAGUCUUAUUUGUUUUUGUUUGGGAAGGGGACCUUUCCAGGCAUCAUCAGAUCUGGAGCCAGUGUCCUCCAAGGGGUC